AUGAAUAUUGCUUGCGCUUUGAAGGUAGGACUAAUACCUAUUGCACCCGCUAUUAUUGCCAAAAAGAUUAAAAAUGAGUGGCAUUAUUCUGGUAUAGAAGUUAUAUUAGUCAGAACAAUCGCGAAGCAUUUGAAUUGUACACUUGAAUUCAUUCAACCUACUGGUAAUCUUCGCUGGGGAGAUUUAAGAGAAACAAACAGUACUGGAUUGAUGGGAAUGAUUCAGUCAGCUAAAGUGGAUUUUGGAAUCGGUUCUCUUGAUCGAUCUCUUCAACGCAAUUCGAUAUUGAAAGCAGGAGUGGUGAGUUUCUACGACGAGAUGGUUUUUACCGUUCCAGCAGGAAUCCAAUUUGAAGCCGUUGAAAAGCUAGCACUACCUUUCGCCAAUCAAACCUGGUUAUUAAUAGUGAUAUGCUGGUUGAUAAUGUCUAUGUUGUUAGGAAUCCAUUCCAUAGGAUGUUUAAAUCGAAUAAAAUUGGAUAAAAUAACAGCUCCUGAGUUACAAGUUUGGAUUCUACUUUUGGGAGGUGGACUUCACAAAUCACCGAAUACUAACGUAUGUAGAUUGUUAGUGUUAAGUUGGAUUAUGGCAACACUGAUCCUUCGAACGUGGUAUCAGGCAUCGUAUUUUGAGCAUUUGCGAGAUGGAAUUGUACCUAAACCUAUACUUUCAUUGGAAGAUAUCGACAAAGCUGGAUUACGUUACUACUUGUAUGAUAUAUCUCGGAGAUUGUUUCUUCAUAGUCCUCAUAUUCUGGAAACAGCUAUACCCGUGCCUGAAUCGACAGGGGCCGAAGAAGUUAUGACCCAAAUAGCAGAGAAUCAAUUAAAUGGGGUGCAUCCUUAUGCUCGGUUCUACAUAGCAUUCUUCAACAACCAAAGAAAAGGACAAGCACAGGUGCAUAUAAGUAAGCACGUGAUUGAACUCUAUCAAACAGCCAUCUAUUAUCCCAAAAAAUCUACUUUGAAUCGUUUGAUUGAUCCCAUCGUUCUUCGAUCUCAAGUGGAAUAG